UGUAAACAAAGAUUUUAUUUGUAAAUUAAUAAAAGCCAUGUCGGGAUAUCUCUGGGGUAUUGGACAACUCGUCAACGAUCCCUCACCACAUUUGAUAAAUGUUAUACACCGCCACAUAUUUAAGAAACAAGAAAACGUUUACACAGCAUGUAACAGCAAUCAUCGACCGGAAAAGCCCAUUCUUAACGUUGCGAGUUCGUCGAGUAAGAGCAUUGGCAACAAGGCAAAUGAUUCGGGGUGCGUGACAAUUUCCAACAGCAAAAAAGUUUGUGAACUGCCGACCGUGAAAUCCGAGGGCAUUCAGGUGGGAGGCGUUACAAGGCGCCGGCAUGUUUCGACUCAAACUCACGGCUCCGGCUCCGUGUCGAAAAAGCUGAGCCGAACGACAAGCGUUCGACAAGUCGAUCAAUUGGACCGCAGCACAGCCGUUUGCUAUGCAUGCGUCAAGAAAAAGAACGCCGAAACGAAUACAGAAGAACACAAAGUGUGCAACAAUCAUCGGCAAGUAUUCGCAGUGCUUAGCCAAUGGCCCAUUAGCCAACGCACUAAAACUACAGAAUCCCGUGCGCUAAUGUACAUAAAGUCGACAAUACGCAAUCUUGUCGAUGUAUUAAAGUUGGAGAAAAUUGAAACCAUACCGCCUUACAGGCCACAGGACAAAGAGAUUUUGAAGUUAUAUCGUUCCGCAAGUUUUGACCACUUAUGUGUUCAUGAUAAGAAAUCAAAAGUAGCUGAAAAAACUAAGAAGAUAAAAAUUGACGUCUCAUAG